AUGUCCGUCCGUCUUGAUUUUAAUUUUUCUGACUCCGUCCGUUUAUACAAAACAUGUCACUAUUCACGACACUGGCUUUCUCUCUCUCAAAUCAAAAUCUCAUCGCGGUCUUCAACCACAUUCACUAACCGAACGACCAGUAUAAAACUGGAACCUUUUCGCAGCUUUAGACUUCGAACUUCUUCAACAAUAGCAUAUUCUGGGGCCUUCUCUCACACCCUACACUUCUCCAGAGUUUUCCACCCAUUUUCGCGGUCGAAAACGGUUCGAAUAAGCUCAUCUCUACAUCUUUCUGGAUUCUCCAUUUCUCCCGUUUACACACUCACACACACACACACUACAAUGCUCUUUACAAGAAGAUGCUGGACUCAUCUUUCCAAAAGAGCCAUUUCCGGUACUAAAACCGCUACCGCUUCUCCAUCGCAGCCAAAAAGACGCAGAUCAACCACAUUUUCCGAUACCCUCAACAAAGGCCCAUCUUUCGAAGAUUUCGUCAACGGAAAAGCCGCCCAAGUGGUUUUGGAUCCUCUACAACAGGCAAGGAAUAAUUUGGAAGAAGCUAAACGGUUGCCCAAAUGGCUGAAAGUGCCAAUUCCAAAAGGUUCAAGUUUCCAUAAACUAAAGAAAGAUGUGAGAGAACUGAAAUUAAGCACAGUGUGCGAAGAAGCAAAAUGUCCCAACAUCGGUGAAUGUUGGGGAGGAGCGGAUAAAUCCAAGGCCACGGCAACUAUCAUGCUUCUGGGUGACACCUGCACCCGUGGCUGCAGGUUCUGCUCCGUCAAGACCAACCGGACACCUAGCAAACCGGAUCCUAUGGAACCUGAGAAUACCGCUGAAGCUGUAUCGCGCUGGGGUUUGGGAUACGUGGUGCUCACUACAGUCGAUAGAGACGAUCUUCCGGAUGGUGGAUCGCAUCAUUUGGCAGAAACAGUCCAAAAAAUAAAACAGAAAUCUCCAAAUACUCUAGUUGAAACCCUAUCAGGAGACUUUAGAGGCGAUCUCGACAUGGUCAAGGUCAUGGCGCAAAGCGGGCUAGAUGUCUACGCGCACAAUUUGGAAACCGUUAAAGAAUUGACCCCACACGUGAGAGAUAGAAGAGCCACGUACGCGCAGUCGUUAAGCGUUCUCAAUCAUGCCAAGAAAAGUGUCCCUACUCUCAUCACCAAGACUUCUCUAAUGCUUGGGUUGGGCGAAACUGACGAACAAGUAUUGCAAACACUGAAGGAUCUACGUGCUAUCGGUUGUGAUAUCGUAACAUUUGGUCAAUACAUGAGACCAACCAAAAGACACAUGAAAGUUGUGGAAUAUGUCAAUCCAGAGAAAUUUGAGUAUUGGAAGAACAAAGCCCUAGAGCUUGGCUUCCUUUACUGUGCAUCGGGACCUUUGGUGAGGUCGUCAUACAAAGCUGGCGAAGCUUUCAUCGAGAAUGUUUUGAGGAAAAAAACCACCAACUAA